AUGGACGCCCUCACCGCCGAGUACGACCAGGCAGUUCUGCAACUGAUAAGGGAGUGGAAUGCGAAGCGUGACCCCACCUUUGCUGUUGUAUGGCAACCUGGUUCCGCUGUCGAUAUUGCGAACUACCCCAUCGAGGCGGUCUCGGACGUCGACUGUUUCCAUCCCAGCUCCGACGCGCACGGUCGUCUGGCAGCUGGGUUCUGGAACAGAUACCACCUCGAUCUCGAAUCGAAAGCCGCCCCCAUCACCUGGGACGAGAGCAUCAAGGUGCGCUGCCUCGAGGACGGCGACCGGAUCAAGAUUCCCAAUCUGUAG